AUGAGACCAUCACGACAACUACUAUCGCUCAAGUACCUAAAAUCGUCUUUGCCGAAAGUCCCCACUACGGUCGAACCCUUGAGCUUUGCCACAGAAACGAAAGCCCGAAAUGUAGACCUAUCCUCUUUGGUUUGGGAUGCCAAAGAUCUCAAUCAAUACUUUAGAUUCCUGUCAUUCCUAGAGCCACUGCCGGCUCAAAUGUCCAAAGCGGACAAAAUGUUUCAGGUUCUCAAAACGAAACACGAAUGGACAUGUGCGUCUUACUCGGAUAUUCCAGACAUAAAGGUCAAACAGAAGGAAGAAGAACGUCAGUACAGACUUGAUCUGGUCGAACCAUAUCAAUGGAACGAUUAUCACAAGAGCUUGCAACAAUCGCGAACAUCGUUUGGCAUCGAGACCCUGCUUCUAAGGCCAUUGCCUGAGGUUUUAUUCGUAGGGCACACCAAUGCUGGAAAAUCAAGUCUUAUAAAUAAUGUCUUUGCACAAAAAGAACUGUCGCGCAAGGACAGCUCUGAGGCAGACUUGGCAUUCGAAUCCAAGCAGGCAGGUUUCACCAAAUGCUUGGUCUGUUUCAAUGUGAGCUCGAAACUACGCCUCAUUGAUACUCCUGGGUACGGAAAUCGCUCAAUUGAGAACCAGGGAAGUUUGGUUUUAGAUUAUGUUCUGCAAAGACCGCAAUUGAGAAUGACUUACAUGAUUGUGGAUGGCGUAGCUGGAUUCAAGCAGGAGGACGAACAAAUCAUGAACUACCUACAAGAAAGCAAAAGCCCUUUUGAAAUAGUGUUCACGAGAUUGGACGAGGUGGUCAAGAAAAAAUUUCCCCGGGAAAUCAUCAAGAAGAAGGUUCUUAGCGAUGAAAAAGCUGCCACUGCUUUGGCCUCUCAAGGCAACAGUCAAGUGGUGGAGCAUUUCUUGGAGAUGAUAGGUAACGCUGAAUUAAUCCAAUACUCGAUGUUAUCAGGUGUUCAUUUCAAUAAUUCCAGGUGCAAUAACAUUCUCAAAAGGCGCACGGGCUAUAGAGAGUUGCGAGGGUCCAUCUUGAACAGUUGUGGCCUUUGA